UCUGUCGCUCUUUAAAUGUGUGUGUUCUAAUUUUUUGUAUAUAUAUAUUUUUUUGUUGUUAAUUUUACCCCUGUUGGUGUAUGUGUGUGCAAACAUAGUUGUUUUUGCACACAUGCACAGACAUGCCCAUACCCAUGCAGAGAGAAUUCGUUAAAUAAAAAAAAAGAAAAAAAAAACGAAACUUUUUUUUUGGGCCAGACAACGCCCUGUGCUUAAAAAAUAUAUAUAUAAUCAACCGUUAUAUGCUUCCCUUUCGCCGUUAUAAAAUAUAUAUAUAAAUAUCUAUACCUCUAUAUAUAUAUAUAUUUGUAAAGUUUAUUAUUUUUUUUAUUGUUACCGCUUCGCCCAAAGAAUAAGAAAAAUCAAUAGAUUUCGCGAACUUGUGUGCAAAGAAAAAGUCAAAAAAUUAAAGCCAAGUUGAGAAAACUUAAUUUAAAUACAGUUUUUUUUGCAUGGAUUCUUGUGGAUUUUUUUACAUCGCGGAUUUAUCUACAAUUCAUUGCCGAUUUGGUUGAAAAUCGAACGAAAACAACAGCGGCAACGGCGGAAAAGUUAACUUUACUAGCUUCUUCUAUAUUACUGUUUAUUUUUUUCGGUGUGUGUCUUGUGAUAGAGCGAAAGAGAGAGCACGCGAGCGAGCAACAGAGAAGGCAAGAAACUGACCAAAUGCGUAAUGAAAAAAAAGUGGUGUGCAAAGCUGUUAAUUAAUGGAAAAAUUCGUAGUGUCGUGUUUUUCGGUUCGCUUCGGUUCAGUUUUUUAUGGGAUAAAAAAAUUAAUUAAUAGCUAAAGAGAAAAACGAGAUGAAAAAAACCAACUUUAAAUGAAUACAUUUUCCUGUUCCUUUUUUUAAAUUUUUUUUUUAAUGUGAAGGAGAAUUUGUAGGGAUUUCUCCCAGUGUGUGUCUAUAUAUAUAAUUGUUUAUAUCCUUAUCCUAUCCUUACAGCAGUGUAUGUGUGUGUUAGUGUGUAAAUAGAUCAACAAGAAAUAAUACAAAUUAAAUGAAAGAGAAAUUAAAUAAUAUUUAUAAAUAUAUAUAAAAAUAGCAAAGGAAAAAUUAUAAUAAAAUACAUCAAGAGAAGUGCAAGCAGCAAGAAAAUAAAAAAAUGCAGAGCCAUUAAAAAGGGCAAUCCCCCCAACAACAACAACAACUGUGCUGUUGUGGCAGCAACAGCCACAAAAAAUAAAAAUAAAUAUAUAAAUAAAACCUAAUAAUACAAGGAAAUAUAUAAAAAAAAAAAAUAUCAAAAUACAACAAGUGACAUAUUUAUUUUUUUGUUGUGUGUGCGGGGCAUUUCUCCGGAGAGAAUGUCGCAGUGCAAUGCUGUUGGCGGCUACAGCAACAACAGCAGCAGCAGCAACACAUUAAUCAAUUUUGAAUCGAUCUAUUCUGGGCGCCAAAACAAGUGUUUAAGCCAAAAGAGUUCGGCAUGAAAUGGAAGCAGCUAUACGCUCCACUUCAGUGCAGGUCGGUGCUCCGCCGCCCACAAACAACAACAACAACAACAGCAGCAGCAGCAACAACACAGGCAGCAGCAGCACCAGCAGUAAUAGCAGCAGCAGUAGCAACAACAACAACAACAACAACAGCAGCAGCAGCAGCAGUAGCAGCGGCAGCAACAAUAACACACCCAACGGUGCGCAGCAGCAGCAUUUGCAGCAGCAGCAGCAGCAACAACGCGUUGCUAGCAGCAACCAGCAACAGUUGCAGCAGCAGCAGCAGCAUGAUAAUGGACCAACGUCCCAUCAUUUGCAUCAAUCAUCAGUCUCUAAUCAGCAAAGCAAAACAACGCAACAGCAGCAGCAGCACCAGCAGCAGCAGCAACACCAAAAGCAGCAACAGCAGCAGCAGCAGGCCGCCAACAUGUCCGCGUAUCAGCAACGCCUGCCACCAGGUGCACCAUCGAUUCACAGGUCGUACAGGGCUCUGGAGCAGCAGACUCAGUAUGCCAAGCACCUGGGCCACCUGCAGCAGCAGCAGGCGCCUCCGACGAGCCAACAGCAGCAGCAGCAGCAGCAGUUUGCGAGCCAGCACCACCACCACCACCAACAGCAGCAGCAGCAGCAACACCAGCACCAACAGCAGCAGCAGCGAGCAGCGGCCAGUCCACUGUCGCCACCUCGUCCUGGAAAUCCUAGCGGCGGCAGUGGAGCAGGAAGUUGCGGCAGCAGCGGAAGCGGUGGCAGCAGCAGCAGCAGCGGCGGCGGAGGAGGAAGCAGCAGCGGCAGCAACAGUGCGUCCGUCAAUAACAGUUACCCGCCACCGCCACCGCAGCAUCGAUUCGAUCGGGCCUAUAGCAUUGCCCCGGCGCCCACCUAUCGGGAGACACCCUACACGCGUCUCACGCAUCUCACGCAGCAGGUGGUGCAGCAGCAGCAGCAACAACAACAGGCGCAGCAGCAGCAGCAGCAAAUGCCGGGAUAUCAAAGAGUAUCGGCGGCUGCGGCAGCAGUGCUGGCGGGCAAAUCCUCCGCUCCUGGCCAGGGUUCCAAUUCAAGUCAAGGAAGUGGAAGCGGCGGGAGUCAAGGUGGAGCUGCUCCGCCCGGCGGCGGUGUGGUGCAAGUGUCGCAGUCUGGCGGUGUCCUGGUCAUGGAGGCCGCACCCCAUUAUGCCAGCCAACCAAAUAGUAAUCCCUCCCAGCAACAGAAGCAGCAGCAGCAGCAACAACAACAGCAGCAGCAGCAGCAGCAGGGAUCGGCGGGCGGACCAGCCUCAUCUGCCGCGGAUAAUUGCAGCCGCAUAAUGGUCGGUAAUCGGGGGAUCCUGAUACCCCACUCGCAGGCCCUGCAGUAUACCAGCGAGUACCUGACCAAUGUCACAGCGGCUGCAGUGGCUGCCGGUGCGGUAAUACAGCGGCCGCAAUUGCAGCAGCUACCCCCGCAGCAGCAGCAGCAGCAGCAACAACAUCCUCCUCCCGAGCCAUUUGGCAAUGCUGGUGGCCAGCAGCCCUACAAGAAGCAGCGGCUAAGCGAGGCCAAUGCCAGCUCUAUGAAUCACCUGCCACCGCCACAUCCUCAGCAGCAGCAGCAGCAGCAACAGCAGCAGCAGCAACGAUCCUCGCCAGCCCAGCAACUGAAUAGCAGCAGGCAGAGUCACAUAGAUCUCUGCCGGCAGGUGGGAGGAGGCACGCCCAUGGGCAUACAGCUUAAGGUGGACACACUGCCUCAACAACAGCAGCAGCAAAGGGAGUUGCAUCAUUUGAGGGAGCAACAUCAUCAGAGAGAGCAGCUGCAGCAGCAGCAUCACAGGGAACAGCAGCAGCGGGAAAGAGAGCGGGAGCAGCAUCAGCAGCAGCAGCAACACCAGCAGCAGCAUCAGCAACACCACCAACAGCAUCAGCAGCAGCAACACCAACAGCAGCAGCAUCAGCAACAGCUUGCAGCACAAAGCAGAAACCAGGCUGCUUCAGCAGUAAGCAGCAGCUUGGCGGGUGUGGGUACAGUGACUGUUUCCACGGCAGCAGGAACGGGUAGCAGCCAUGUGAUUGGGGGAGCAAGUGCCAGCACAGAGGCCUACCAUCCACAGGUGGAGGCCAUCUCGCCCACGCUGCCCAGCGAUAAUGCCAUUGAGGAGCGUGGUCGCACCAGUGCCAAGGAGGAGUUGUUGAUGAAAAUUCAAAAAGUGGAUAAUGAUAUCAAAUCCGCUGAGACAACUAUGGAGACGUUGCGUAAAAAGGAAAAGAGUCUGAUGGAAGAGGCAGCUUUGGCCAAGCAGCAAAAGGCAGCCAAGGAUAUAGUGGCUAAUAACAACAAUAAUAAUAAUAAUAAUAACAACAACAAUAACAACAACAACAGCAACAAUAACAAUAAUGAACAAGAGGAAGUUGUAGAGCUAGCCUGGCGUGGCCAAAUGCUGGCUGAAAAGAUUUAUGCGGCCAAUAGAAAGACGGCCCAUGACCAACAUUCCAAGCUGCUAAAGAUUGCAGUUACAACAACAGAAGCAGCAACACCAACAACAACAUCAAGUCAACCCAGUGAUGCUGUAAGCAUACGACCCUGGUUACCCUUGUAUAAUCAACCCUUGGAUGUUGAAGCCCUAACCCUGCUCAUCCGUCAACAUCAAAGUCAAGUGCGUGCUCCAUUGCUGUUGCACAUACAAAAACUUAAAGCCGAACGUUGGCUGCACAAUCAGAGACUUGUGGAGAAAUAUACCAAGGAGCAGGCCGAUUGGCAGCGACGCUGUGAACGCCUAGAAGCCAGUGCCAAGCGUAAGGCACGCGAGGCCAAAAAUCGUGAAUUCUUUGAAAAAGUCUUCACCGAAUUGCGUAAGCAACGCGAAGAUAAAGAACGCUUCAAUCGUGUGGGUUCACGCAUCAAAUCCGAGGCAGAUCUCGAAGAGAUUAUGGAUGGACUGCAGGAGCAGGCACUCGAGGAUAAGAAAAUGCGUUCAUAUGCUGUUAUACCGCCCCUGAUGUACGAUGCCCGCCAGCGACAUUGCGCCUAUCAUAAUGAAAAUGGACGCAUUGAGGAUAUGAUGGCUGAGCAUCAGCAGCGCAAGGCUCUCAAUAUGUGGACAGCCGGGGAGAAGGAGACCUUCAAGGAGAAGUAUCUGCAGCAUCCGAAAAACUUUGGAGCCAUUGCCGCCAGCUUGGAUCGUAAAUCGCCGCAGGAUUGCGUUCGCUACUACUACCUCAGCAAGAAGACGGAGAACUACAAGCAAUUGCUGCGUAAAUCCCGCCAGCGUACGCGUAGCUCACGAAAUCCGGCCAAGGCCCAGGCUGCUCAGCCCCAGUGCAUCAUUGAUUCCAUGACCACGGGUGUUAUGACGCGCCUGCAGCGGGAACAGCAACAAAAGUCGGGCAAUCGUUCAUCGGCUGUGGCUGAACGUGAGCGAGCGGAACGAGCGGCCGAAAGAGAGCGUGUGGCGGAAAAGGCUGCUGCAGAUGCAGCCAAGGCGGCAGAGAGUGCAGCGGAGAAGGCAAGUGCUGCCACCAAGGCAGUGGAAGCCACGGCAGCGGGCGAGAAGGUGGCCAAGCAGCAGGCAGCGGCAGCGGCGGCGGCAGCACAAGCAGCAGCAGCAGUAGCAGCAGCAGCGUCAUCGGUGGCCACUACAGCGACAUCCUCGACGGCCACCACCACAACAACAACAACAGCAGACAAGGCAGCAGCAGCGGCGGCAACGGCAGCAACGGCGGCAGCUGAGGCACCAACGGGAUCAGCCUCCAGCGAUAAGAAUGCAGCGGUAACUGUGGCCACAUCAGCUGCUAAUCCAACACCUGCAAACACAAAUACAGCAGCUGCAGCAGCAGCAGCACCCACACCUUCAGAGAUCUCAGCGGGCAGCGCAGAGGCUGCUGCCAAGACUAGCAAAACUGCCGAUGAAGAGGCAGCCGGAGCAGCAGGAGGAGGAACCUCAUCCGGAGUAGCUGCAGCAGCCACAGUGGCAGCCACGGCUGGACAUACACCAGCCAGCAGUGCCAGCAGCAGCAAUCCAGGAACCGAGGCCAGCACUGGCACAGCAACAGGUGGUGGAAAGCCAGAGACAGCCACAGAGCCAGCGGCGGGAACAGCAGCCAAAGGUACCGAGGCGAUAACAGAAGCCAGCACAGAUAGUCUAGGGAAAAUUAACAGCAAAGAGAAUGCUACUGCAACAUCUGCUGCAACUCCAACACAAGGCGUUACCUUGAAUGGCUUCAAGACUGGCUAUCAGACCGUGGUCAUGGCCAAUGUUAAGUCAUCAGGCGAGGAUUCAGCUGGUGUUGCAGCAGCAGCAGCGGGAGCAACAUCGAUUGCUGCCACAAAGAAUGCAACAACAGCAAGUGGCAACAGCAACGAUAAAAUCAUGAAGACAACACCAACAUCGGGCGCUGUUUUGAAUUCAACAAGUACUCCCGCCGAAAGUGGAGGAGCAGGAGUGCCCACAUUGACCACUGCCACAACGGCGGGCAAUUAUCUUGGCCAGAAACUGAAGGCGGCCCAAGUAGAGGGGCUUGGAGCGGGCAAUGAUCUGCAUGCGGAUGUUAGUGACUCAAAGCGAAAACGCUUCGAAAUGAAUGCCAGCAGCGGCGGCGGUGAGGCCCAGCAAGUGGCUGGUGGAGUGUCAAGUGCCACCAAUAGCCACAAUAGCAAUAACAACCUAAAGGCCAAUGCCAAGGAUGUGUCGAUGGUGAAGCCUUCAACCGCUGGCGCUGCAUCGGUAUCAUCAUCAUCAGCAUCGGCGGCAUCCUCUGUGGUUACCUCCACGCCGGCAUCUUCGUCCGGUUCCAUUCUACUGAUCAGUGCCGCCUCCAUAAUGUCCACCGCCUCUGGUGGUUCGGGAUCCGCAGGAUCAACGGCGGCCACUGCACCGGCAAUCUCUAUGCCUUUGUUUUCGGAUGGAAGUGAGAUUAUAGCUUUGGAUGGCAAAGAUCGCCUGGCCAGCUGCUUUGUGUGCAAGGCGGAGGCCUGUCCCCGCACCCGCCCCCUGAAGAAGGGUCGCGGCCAGCAGUAUGGAAUUCCCGACGAGACAAUACCGGCGGGGGCUCGCGUCUGCAACAGCUGCCAAUGCAAAUCGGUGCGCAGUCGCUACCCGAACUGUCCACUGCCCACGUGCCCCAAUCCCAAGGAUCGGGCCCAACGCCUGCGGAACAUUCCCUCCCGUCUCUUUGAGCUGGCGCCCGAAGUCCGUGAUCCGGUGAUGGCCGAGUUCCAGAUACCGCCGCAUGCCACCCGCUGCUGUUCCGCCUGCCUGAUGCGCAUCCGUCGCAAGCUGGAUCCCCAAUUGAAUCUCACCGAUGGCUCCAGUGGUGGUGCGGGCAGCGGCAGUGGCGGCGAUGAGACGGAUGUGAGUACCUCCUCGUGUGAUGAACGGGAACCGGGUGGCUCGGACACGGCCUCGGUGGAGAGUCCAGAGAAUCUGCAGCGUCACAAGUCGCUCACCUCCAUCAAGCAGCACCUGCAGCAGCAUCACCAGCUACACCAGCAGCAGCAGCAGCAGCAGUCGGCAGUAGCAACUGGAGCACAGCAGCAGCUCUCUCAGCCGCAGCCACCACCGCCCAAGACUUCAUCCGCUCGGGGAGACACACCUUUGAUUAUCACGCCCACCAGGAUGAGUGGCAAAACCACGGCAGGAUCAGGAGCCACCAAUGACAAUGAUCGUCUGCUCCCUCCGGCUGCAGGACAGGCGCCUAAAAAGCAAAAAACCAGCGAGGAAUACGACUCCUCCGCCACCGAGACGGCGGAUGAGGAGAAUGAAAACUCGCCAGCCAAUCGCCAGAGUCCCAAGGUGCUAUUUCAUAGCCAUGGUCAUGGUCACAACAAUGUGGGUGGACUGCAGCCACCAGGAGGCGUGGCUUCCGGCACGAAUCAGCAGCAACAGCAGCAGCAGGCGUUGAAUGGACCCAUGGCCAUGCGUCGGGAGGCGGUAAACAAUGUCCAGGAUUGCGUGUUCUCGGUGAUUGAGCGUUCCUUGAAGCACAAGGGACCGCAGCCUAAGGGAGGACAGCAGCAGCAGCAGCAGGGACAGGGUCAAGGCCAGGGACAAGGACAGCAGCAUCAUCAGGGCCAGGGCCAAGGACAGUCACAGCAACAGGUGUCUACUCCCGGCCAAAGUCAAUCCCCUCAAGCGGCCAACAAUCUGGAACGCAAGGAGCUGACCAUUGUGAGGGAAUAUCGCCAGGAGCAGUCGCCUUCGUCAGGGAUACUCAAGCAGCAGCAGCAGCCAGGAGGAGCACCUCAACCCCCCUCACAAGCCUCUUCAGGCCUGCCGCAUGGCUCCUCCUCCGUGCAGAAGCUACAAAGCCGAACCGCUGCAGUGGCUCCGCCGCCUUCCAGCAGCUCUAACAACAAUGGAACCAGCGAUAGCCUGGCCACCUUGUCGGUGGUUAGUCCACAUCUUGGCUUUAAUGUGGGUUUGCCGCCAGGAUUAAUGGGUCAUCCGGCAGCCUCGGCUAGCAAUGUGGUGGACAAGGCCACCAUAACGCCAGUGGUGAAGCAGGGAGGAGCAGGAGGAGGAGUAGGAGUAGGAAUAGGAGGCAGUGGAACCAAGAGCAGUCACUCUACGCCCACUCCCCCGGAGACCAUCAUCUAUAAUGUACCCGCAGCUCAUCCGCCACGUGGAAUAGCACAGCCGCCGCCACCGCUGCCGCCAUCCUCGCAUCCAGGACAUCCAGGGCAUCCGCAACAUGGUCAGCAUCCCCAGCAAGUGCAGCUCCAGCCAGAACCAGAGCCCCAAACUUUGGAUUUGAGCAUCAAGAAGCCACCACGCGAUGGACACUCACCGCACACGGCCGGAGGAGGAGGAGGAGGCAGUUCCUCAACCUCCACAGAACGUCAUCAUGGACCGCCGCCACCCAGCAUGUCCAUGAAGCACAUAGUGCGCUCCACGGCCAUGUAUCGAGGGGAUACCGUAACAGUGCCCUCGCUGACAGCUCCUAGCUCGUAUCUAUACGCCCAGCCGCCUCAUGGCGUGCUCAAAGGAGCCCCAGGUGGCGGAGCACUCUAUGUCCAGCCAGUGCCAGUGCCAUUGCCCAUUUCAAUCUCCGGACAGGGACAGAUGCCACCUCGACCAGGACAACCGCCGCCGGCGCAACCGGCUUCGGGAAGAGGCAAUGCAUCCGGCGGUGUGUCCAAGGCACCACCCAAGCUGAGUCCCCAGCAGGCGCAUCAUUUGCAUCCCGGACACGGUCACUCGCCCUCCCAGCAGCAGCAACAGCAGGCAGCGGCAGCUGCAGCAGCCGCAGUGGCCGCCCAGCAGCAGCAACUCCUGGUCAAGAGUGGCUCCAUAACCCAUGGAACACCGGCCAAUAGUGCCCAGCAGCAGAUUAUAGUCCAUGCCGCCGCAGCGGUGGCAGCAGCCGCUGCCGCUGCCUCUUCAAGCUCGUCCUCAUCCUCGCUGCUGAGUCCCAAGUUUGAGGGUUUGGUGAGGCAGACCACACCUGAGGCGGGUCCGCCAGGAGGUCCUCCUGGAGGAAGUGGCGGAAGCAAGCAUGGUUCUAUUACUCAAGGAACACCGCUGCAUCUGCCGCCGCAUCACUUGGAGAGCAAGCGAGCCUACGAGUUUUACAAAUCCUCGCAGCAGCGUCAUAGUCCUGCCCAGCAGCAGGGAGGAGGAGCAGGUGCUGGUGGAGGUCAACAACAGUUGCCACCGCCACCGCAGCAAUCUUCGCCGCAGGCCCCACCGCCCCAGGGUUAUGGUGUGGCCGUGGGUUCACCCUAUGCCAGGUCACCCUUUGGCGGAGUUGUGGAACCACCUGUGCUGAGCACGCGCCAGAUUGUGAUGCAUGACUACAUCACAUCGCAGCAGAUGCAGGGACAACAGCAGCAACAGCAGCAGCAGAGGAACAUGUCGCGUGGGAGCAGUGCCAGCGGAGGAGGAGGCGGUGGUGGAUCGGACAAGGAGUCGCCAUCGCCAAGGAAUAGUGUGGGCAGUGCAGGAGGAGGCUUUGUCUACGGAGGAGAGAAGGAGCCGCCACCAAGAGGAAGGCCGGAGUAUUCCAGUCGAGCGUCGCCAGCGGAUCAUGCUAACAGUACUCCCAGUCCCCAUAGGACACCACCACCCCAGCGGCAGGGCGUGAUCCAGCGUCACAACACCGGCUCCAAGCCACCUUCCCCAGCCGCACCGCCGCCCAGCAGGAUGCACAUUGUGGCGCCGUAUCAAUAUGCUCCAGCUGGCCACGAUGCCUUGGCCUCCUUUGUGGACGUGGCCGUCCAGCAGCCACAAUUGCCAGUGCCCUCGCAAAAGGAUGACAAGUCACCAGGCGCUAAUCCUGGCCAGCAACAGCAGCAGCAACAGCAGGUAACCAACUCACCAGCAUCGGUGCCGCCACCACCACCACCCCAUGCCGUUAAUGUGGCUCCACCACCACCGGUGGCCCAUCAUGAUCUACGCUAUCGCGAUCUUAUACAUCACCAGCACAUGGCCGCCGUGGCGGUGCAUCAGCAGCAGCUGGCGCAGCACCAGCAUCAGCAGUACCGCCAGCAGCUGAAUGCCGCCGCCCAGGUGGAUUUGCAGCGACGCAUGGAUCAGGCCAAGAGAGAUCAGCAGCGACAGCAGCAGCAUCAGCAGCAGCAGCAUCACCAGCAUCAACAGCAACAGGCGCAGCAGCAGCAGCACCAGCAGCAGCAGCAUCAACAGCAGCAGCAUAAUCAUGCCCUGGAAAGAGAUCGCGAGAUGCUGCAGCGCGAAAGGGAGAGGGAGAGGGAUCGCGAGCGGGAGAGAGAGCGCGAAAGAGAGCGCGAAAGAGAGCGUGAACGAGAGCGCGAGAGAGAGCGCGAGCGUGAGCGUCGCGAGCAGGAUCGAGAGCGGCGAGUGGUGGCCGAGGAGCGUGAGCGUGAUAGCAGGCGCAUGGAGCGUAUGUUUGCAGCCGGAGGAGGAGUGGUGACAGCAGUGGGUGCACCAGGAGGAGGACCACCGCCAGGACACUACAUCAGAGCACCAGUGCCAGACACAGGACCGCCGCGCUCCAUACCAGACCGAGAGCGAGAGGCCUACUAUCGUCCUGCCCAUGGUGGACCCACCCCGGAGGAUGCCCCUGGCCAGUUGAGUGCCCAAAGCCUCAUCGAUGCCAUCAUCAAGCAUGAGAUUAGUCGCACCAAUGAUGCCACUGGCACCACAGGACGUGAAUUUCCUCGACCCACCUUUGGCCAUGGUCCACCGCCGCCACCACGCGGCUCCGGUUCAGGUGGCUCCAAUUCGGGUUCUGGCUCUGGCAACACCCGUUCCUCGCCAGCCAAUGUGAUGCAUCCGUUGCAGUACCUUCGCGAUCAUCGGCAGCAGCCCCAUGAAAGUGGUGCCGUCUCCUUGCUGACAGCGGAAAACAAUGGGAAACCCAGCUCCUCUUCGGGAUCACCGAAUGUCAUCAAUAUUGAUCUAGAGGAUAGGAUUUCGGAGAGGAUUUCAGAGAGGAUUUCAGCGGCAGCAGCUGUAGUGCAGCAGCAGCAGCAGCAGCAACACCAGCAGGCACCGCCGCCAACCUCCUCGCAGUCCCGGUCUGUGCAUGGCCAGCUUAGGACGCCCACCUCGCAGGCAGCGGCGGCGGGCUCAGCGCCCAGCCCACAGCAGACGCACACCAAGAGCAUCACCUUUGGCGAGCUCACCGACUCGAUAAUCACCAAUGACUAUGGCUCGAAUCCUCACCUGCGUCCCACGCCUCCCUUUAUGACCUACCUGCAGGAGGCGCAGCCCAUUUUACCGCCAGAUCGCUGGAAGCAGAAUCGUCGCCUCCAACAGAAGGCCGAAGAAGCCAAGCAUCAUUCGCAGCAGCAACAGCAGCAACAGCAACAGCAGCAGCAGCAUCAUGUCCAGCAGCAUCACUCCAGCUCAGGAGGAAGCUCAGGAGGAGCUCCCAGUGGUCCCAGCAGUGGCGGAGGAGGCGGUGGCCGGGCCAACACACCUGGCGAAGAUGGACGCAACAUUAUACGCAUGCCGCAGGCUGUGAGUCCUCGUAAGUACGCCCAUGAAUUGAUGCUACACCAGGUGAUGGGAGCUGCAGCAGCGGCAGGUGGUGAGCCAGGACACUACUUUCUGCCAGGACCGCCGCAAGUAAGGGUGGGAGUGCCCCUGCCGCCAGAUCAGCGUGGAGCCAGUGGAGGACCACCUGGAGGAGGCGGAGGAGGAGGUGGACCAGGAGGAGGCGGGAGUGGAGGAGCAAGUGGCGCUGGAGGAGGAGCACCACCUGGCAGUGGCGGUGGAGCCACCACCAUAGACAAUUAUGUGAAAAACCGCAUUGCCGAGGUAAUGCGCGACGAUAUUGGCUAUGUGAAGAACCGCAUUGUGGAGGUGCGUUCCGAGGAUGAGGUGGCCGCCGAUCUGGUGGCUGCUCACUCCCAUGCCGCUGUCCAUGCCGCCCAUGUGGCGCAUGCGGCCCAUGCAGCCCAUGCUGCCGCCCUGGAGCUGCAGCACAGAAGCAACAAGGAGCCACCGCCGCCGGAGAUUAGUGUGUCCCGAAAGACGCCCAACCAGUACGAGGUGGUGGAUGGCAGCGGUCGGCGCUCGGCAGGCGGCAGUGGUUCCGUCUCGGUGUCUGUGUCGGCGGGUGCCAAUAGUCAUCACUCGCCCUUCCAUCCCGUGCCGGCAUCCUAUGCACCCAGCACCUAUGCCUUUCCCUACAGCGCUCUGACGGUGCCCAGUGCCGCUGGAGGCUUGCCGCCGCCGCAGUCACUUCAACUGGGAGGUGGUGGUCAGCUUUCUAGCAGUGGCCAUCAUGCAGUGGCUCCUCCUGGUCACCUGAGUGCCAAGACCAAGGCAGCACAUGCUUUGAGUGAGCUGGGCGGCGUGGGAGUAGGAGGCGGAGGAGGAGGAGGAGCAGCAGGCUCUGUGGGCGGCGGCAACGGAGGUGGUGUAUCCCUAGUGGUUGGAGGCGGUGGCCCAGGAGGUGCUGGAUCAGGAGCAGGUGGUUCCGGAGGCGGCAGUGGCGGUGGCGGAGGAGGCGGUGGUCAUCCACCCAUAGGAUCGGCAGCAGCCGCUGCUUUGGCGGCACAGGCACAGGCAGUAGCAGCAGCAGCAGCGGCAGCGGCGGCGGCCAGCGAACCAAAGCCUUUGCUGUCGUCCAAGUACGAGGCACUCAGCGACGAGGAUUAGUUGUGACUGCCGGCGUCGUCGUCGGCGUCGGCGUCGCAUCUGCGGCCAGCAGCGAUAGCAGUAGCAACAGCAGCAGCAGCAGCAACCGGCACAGGCUACGGUUAUCCUGGCUACCGGCGACAGUCACACACGCACCUAGCAACGCAGCAGCAGCAACAGCAGCAGCAGUCGCCGCAUCGCCAGCCACAUUACCAAUCAACGGUGCUGCCGCCGCCUCCACUGCAGUCCCAGCAACAGCAGCACCAGCAUCACCUCCAGCAGCAGCAGCAGCAGCAGAGGAGCCUCUACUAUGCCGCCGCCAGCGAGCAUUAUGCUGGGAGCAGCGGCAAUCCGGGCUACUACUGACACCAGCAGCUACACUGAGCCUCUGCGGGUGAGCCUCUAAGCCUAAGUCUGCUAGAUUAUGUAAAAAAAUAUUAAUUAAGACAAGACACGAGGAUAGAUAUUAAGAGAGGAGCAGCUAGGAGUCUAGAAAGAGCUAAAGAGAGUCAAGAAAAGCAAAAGAGAGUCAAGAAAAGCAAAAGAGAGUGAAGGAAAGCAAAAGAACGCUUAAGAGAACUUAAGAGAGCUUAAGAAAGCUCAAAAGUGUAAGUUUCCUUACAAAUUUUACAUUUUUCGGUCUAAAUUUUUACUUUCAAAAGCAAUUCUAUUUAAAAAUCUUUUAAAAAUGUUAUUAAUUUAUUAUUUCAUUUAAAAACCUUCAAAAAUAAUAAAUAAUAACAAUAAAUACAUUAAAACAAAGCAACAAGCUAAAGCAAAUUCAAAGUAAAAUUGAAAGAAAAAAAAUUCCAGCAAGAAAAUGCAAAGGAAAUUCCAAAAAGCUUAAGAAAAUUCAAAGUAAAGUAAAAUUCAAAGCUAGUAAAGAAUCAAGGUUUAAAAGCCUGUUUUUGUAUAUCGUUUUAAAAUCGAUAAACCUUGAUUGAUUGCCAGCAAAGCGGUAAAUUAUAUAUGUUCCAGUUCAUGUCCAAGUUGAAGUCCAAGUUUAAGUCCAAGUCCUUGUCCUACUCCUAGUCCUAGGAACUCCCUUAAAAACCCUUCCAGCUCUAGCUCAGCUCUAACUCUAGCUCCUACCUGGCUCCUCCUUGAGUUAUUGGAAAUGGUAGUGUUGAUAUACAAAAAACUAACGAUAAAUCACACACCACACAAUAUAUAUAUAUAUAUACAAAAUACACACCAUGCAACAUAAGAAAUAAUAUAUAUAAAAAAAAAACACACACUGUUGGGCUGUUCUUAGAAAAAA